AUGGUGAACAGGGUUGGUAGUAACAGUGAUUAUAAGACCAGACCCCUUCCCGCGUGGAAUCAUGACAACAUGCUGAACAAGACCAGUGCGACGAACAUCGUGGAACUUCUUUUGAAUAGGACAAGAAAAAGGUUAAGAAACGAUCUMACCYUAAAGACAAUCGUCAAUGUCGAAAAGUCGAAUUAUUUCAACGGGAGUCGAUUYCUCGUAGAAAUCGACUUAUCGACUCCAUCAAACGACAUCAUCCAYGUCUCCGAGCACAUCUAUCACGACAACCACAMUGUUUGCUUCUUGGCUCCAUGGAAACGARAAGUGAUUGUYACGUUUGUUAUAACUGCUAAAAACCARGGGAAAUGGAUCCACGUUUUYCUGGACGGUAUGGYGUCCAUGAUAAAACGAACACAGGACCAAAAUAUCAGAGCAGUUAUCUUUGACUAUGAAAGCAAUGACAUUGAUCUKUCAGGAGCAGUUGCUUGGCGUGGUCUUGAAGAUAAAGUGAAGAUCGUAAGAAARAAGGGAAGAUUUUCUAAGACGGAAGCUUUUAAUUUGGCAGUUCAGCAAGUUAAAGAUCCRCACAGUAUUGUGUUCCUGAUGGACCUGCAUUUCACAAUAGGCGAUGGAUUGGUCAAUAAUAUUAGAAAGCAUACAAUUGAAGGUGAAUUCAUCUACAGCCCGGUAAUCAUCCGACAAUGGAAGGACACAACACCUCAUAAUCCAAGACCCAACAAAGAGUAUGGCUACUACGACUUCUACGGCUACGGCCUUAUGGGAAUCUACAAGUCAGAUUGGGAUCACGUAGGAGGAUUCUCCGAUGAGGCCAAAUAUGGUUGGGGAGGGGAGGACUAUGAUCUUAUGGAUAAUGUGUUUAAGCAAGGCUUGGAUUACGUUAGAAUCAAAUGCCCGUAUUUGUAUCAUUUCAAUCAUGACAAGAAGGGCAUGUGGGCGAAAAGAUGACAAACCACCGACCGACGAGAUUUUUCUUGUUCAUUGAAAAACUGAGAAAGACAGGAUACUAAGAAGUUACUUUGAGUUCAGUUCGGUAGGAAAUUAUAAUGUAGUAAAUAACUUAGGGUUUUCUUGACUUAUUUCAAACAAAGACUGUAUAGURAAAAUUAUAUAGUUAUAGCUCAAAACAACGAAAACAACGAAAAUCAGAUGAAAUUAUACCCAUGGUACACAAGAUAUAAUGAUAUAUGUUAACGGUUAGAAUUUUUACAAUGAAUGUAAAAUAUUUUAAUAUCAUUAAAAGAAGGGAUUAAGCUCAAGCCAGACUU